UGCGGUAACAACCGUUAGCUUGAAAGUGGACACAAAAAAAACUGCGAAAUCGAGGAGAGGGACAGCGCCCAGAAUAACUGUAAAUCUCCGCAAGCCGUCCGGACCAUCGCGGUGGAAUGAGACUCGGGACGUUUCCCGCGGGGGGUCGCGCGUUAAAACAGAGGACAUGUCCAUCAGUUUGUUAAAGCCACAGUGCUGCACUCAACUCUCCGAGCAUGCUACAGUAGAGGCAAUCUCUCUUUACUCCGCAGGCCUGAUCCCAUGUUCUUCUCCCCUCCCUCAGCACUGUUUUAUCCAAGAGAAACGUGCCUUGUAAGGAAGCAGGAUGUUCACAGGCUCCACAAAACUGCCGCUCACUAAAACGCCGCAGCCGGAGCGGCUGGACGAAGUGUACGCUGCCUUACGCCGAGGCUUACAGUCGUACUUGCAGGUCCACCAGCUGGAGCUGGACAGUUUGGGUCAGCAGACCAGAGAGAACAAGAGGAACGGCCGUUUGGGGUCUUUGUAUGAGUUGGAUAAGCAAGUGAAAGCGAUAGAGAGGUUUAUGCGUCGCCUGGAGUUCCACCAUAGCAAGGUCGAGGAGCUGUACGAUGCUUAUUGUAUUCAGCGGCGACUGCGUGACGGAGCAAGUAAGAUGGUGGCGGCCUUCAACACCGCCACUGGCAGCAAGGAGGCCCGAGAGAGCCUGAGUGAAGCCAACAAGGGCUACAGGGAAUGUACUGAGCACAUGUGCUCACUCGAGAGUGAAUUAGAAAGCCAGAUGGGAGAAUUUCAUGUCAAGAUGAAGGGCCUCGCCGGCUUUGCACGCCUGUGUGCUGGUGACCAGUAUGAGGUCCUAAUGCGAUACGGGCGGCAACGCUGGAGGCUACGAGGCCGCGUGGAAGUCAGCAACAAGCAGAUUUGGGACAGUGAAGAUUACAUCUUCCUGCCUCUUGUCACAGAACUGCUGUCAAUCAAGGUGACGGAGCUGAAGAGCCUGGCCAAUCACGUGGUGGUGGGCAGCGUUUCCUGUGAAAUGCUCGACCUGUUCUGUCCGCUUCCCCAGACGCUCGCCGUGGACAUCAACGACCUGGGGACGGUGAAGCUGAACCUAGAGGUCACCUGGAGUUUUUGUCUUGCUUUGUUUUUGUUUUUCAGUCCAUUUGAUAAGGACGACCAGACGUGCUCCACCAGUACAGUUUCAAAGCGUCUGCUGUCCAAUCAGAGCCCUCCAGACACGCCCUCCAUGCGGGAGCAGGUGUUUUAUUCUCUGCUAAAACGACAGGGCGAGAUGGAGAACGGGACCGUCUGGUCCAACUCCUCCGAAUCCUCCGACGACUCGUCCAGUCCGGCCUUGGCCCACCACGCUCACCGGCUGGCGGCCUCCAACAUGCUGCCGACCAAUCUCACCCCUCAGCUGUCCUUCACGCCGCACAAGUCCAGCGCGUCGACGCCGUCGCUCUCCUCCAACCAAGAGGAAGACGAGACGGAAGCCGGGGAGGCUUUUGCUCCGGCGGACGCGUUGCCCAACGGCCAUCUGCAGACUUCCCGCUCUCAUAGCCCGGACUGCGCCGUGGCCGAUCGAGUGUCUGUGCAAUCGGCUGACCUCUCCGAGUCCUCAGCUGAGCUGAGCUGCUCGUGCUCCGACGUUUGCCCCGGACCUCCCGCGUCGCUGAUCCAAGCGCAGGAUUUGUCCAAAAGUGGAGUCCCACAAGUUUGCAUUUUAGCGGUGGAGAAAAGAGAAUCGUCGGAGGAUUUGUCAGUAAAGGCCGGAGCAGCAGAGUCCGUCCAGGAGUCAAGACCACCAGAGGAGGCUCUGACGGUUUCUUUCCCCACGUCUUCUAGCUUCAACCUGGAAGUCGAGACGGCUCUUGAAAGUUUCGACUUCCUCAACUGCUCCGAUCUUGAGGAGGAGGAAGAACAAGAGGAAGACGAGUUACAGCCGGAAGAGAGAGAAAAAAAUGAGGAGGACGGCGGGGAAGACCAAAACAAAAUGGAGGAAAAAAGAGUGGAGGAAGAAGAUAAGGAUGAAGGAAACUUUUACUCUGGAAGUGCGCGUCUCUUCUCUGCAGCGACGAGGAGGCCGACGCUCUGCAGAUUCUCAUGGAAGCCCCGGAAGGAUUCAGAAACUCGGAUGAAGAUCGUUUCUCUGAAUCACAGGAGUCGAGUGUUGGUGACGUGCAGGAUUUGUGUCAGAUGGAGAUGCCCGAGGAGCCCAGCGAGGAAAAGGGAGACGACCAACGCGAUGAGAGGAGUUAGUUCCGUGAACUGAGGCUGCCGUCGUUCACGUGACCAGCGCACUGGAGCGUGGGAAGUUUUGUUAAUGUUCCCCGUUUUUAAUCCUUCAGGAGAGGCCGUGUCACAUGGCCGGGAUGAGCGCCCCCCCCCCCCCUCCUACUCCCACCCAUUUGACCACUACUGUCUUCUAAUGACACUGUGGAACCACAGCUAAACCACCCCCCCGACUUACUCACGCCAUCUGCCUGUUCCUCAUGUCAGGAGGAUGUUCCACUAACUGCUCAGACAAACAAGCUCUUCCAUUGCGGCAGAGUUUGUGCACAUAUUUGCCUAAAUAAAGUUUGAGGUCCACCUAAAUCCUGAUGGGGAAAAAAAAUCCCCUCAAAGCCCUCGUAUUUUUCAACACGUAAUCCAUCACGUUGCCUGGUUCAAAACGAGCCACCACUUCGUUUACAUUUCCAUGAGCUGUUCCUGUCGCGUGAACAUUCCAUGUCCAAAACAUUUCAGGAGCAGCUGAAAGCGGCCUUGUUUAUGGCUUUACAGAGCAUUUAUUAGUUUGAGUUGAUGGAUUUCUAUCAUUUACAGAGAAGCUUACAAUCACUUACUGAGUUUGCUUUCCAAGCUAAUCAGCAUAUGAGGAGGAAACAGACAAACAAAUCAGUGUUAAAUCAGUGUACAGCCCAGAGCCCGUUUCCCUGUUACAGAGAAGGAAAUAAAGACUUCAUGAGCAUGUGAUGUUUCAGCGACGUGCUCUGGUCAUUUAGUCAUUCUUAAACCUGGAAUGUACCCUGACAAUCUUUAUUUUUAGUAUCAGACACAUUGAAUAAUCCAGAAUUUACAGAGUGCAGAAGUUACAUUCAACAAAGCAACACAGGGAACGUUUGGACGGAAUAUGAACACAUCAACCUUGAGUUUCUCCUCAAACCCUCUUUGGUCCAACAUGAAGAGAACCUGCAGUGUAAAACUAUAUUUAAACCUGCAUGUGUAGCUGCCUCACACUGCCAGCAUGUCUGUAUAAAAAGCUCAAUGGAUCAGUUUGUGAGUGCGUGUGAGCUAAGCUUCGCUGCGAGGAAGCCAUCAGGUCUGUAGAAGUGUUCAAAAGCCGCCACCCGGGGGCGCCGUAGUCGUUCAGAAACAUGUUUUACGUCGUUCUACAAACGCCUCGUCAUUCAGAAAGUGCCUCAAGUGACAGAUGUAAGGUUUUAAAAUGCCACGACAGAAGAGAUCAGGCAAAAGAUAAGUGUUUAUUUUCUGAAUUACUUUAAGAGUGUGCACAAUAAGAGAUAUUUACUGUUUCAUAUAGAGAAGUGUAUAUGUCUUGAAAUGUUAAAAUGUUUAUGUUGAGAAAUGUUCAACUUUAUAAAGGUUUCUUUCAAAUGAA